AUGUCCUUUGAUUACCUAGAGUUCCCCAAAUACUAUAAACGAUUUGAAGCACAACCUGAUCAAUUCACUGAAAGUCAAUGUUUGAACCUUAUUGAAAAAUACCAAAUAUCCAAUCCUGAAUUGAAAAUUUCAGCGUCUUUUGAUUCUGAAGAACUUGAUGUAUUUGAAACGGAAUUGAAUGAAAGUAUCAAUGAUAAUAAUUUAAACCUUCCAAAAAUCCUAUCAAUGAUCCCAAAAUACUAUGUCUGUAUGGAAAUAAAGAGAUUGACUUCCAUGCUUGAUAGGGUCCUCAUGGCUAAUAAUUAUACCGAGAUCUUAUGUCAUUUAUAUAUAAGUUAUACUUAUCGAAUAUGGUUCUUUGGUGGAACUUAUUCCAAAUAUUUGAUGACUAACUACAAAAGGAUUUCAAUGAUCAAACCUAAAGAAAAGAAGAGAAUCCAACUGUUAAUAAAUUUGGUAGAAAUCUUGACAUUUUUCAAUAAUUUUAGAGAUUUAGAAUUUCAAGAUCUUGAUUUAACUAUUGAAGAGAUCAAAGAACAUAAUUUGUUAAAAGAAUAUAGUUAUGUAUUAAUUCUACAACAAAUGCUAAUGAGACCAUUUAAUGAAGUGGAAGUGAAUGAUGAAAUUUCAGAUGUUUUACAUGGAACUCCUUUAUUGAAUCUUCUUCAUGAUUGUCAAGAUUUCACUAUUGAUUUCAAUAAAUAUGAUAAUUUAGCAUUGAACGAUAUUGAUUUUAUAUUACCAAUUGCAUACAACACCACAUUUGAAAAUUAUUUCAAAUUGGUUUUGAAAUUUAAAUGUUUCUUGAAUUUAAUAAGGAUAAGUUCAAAGAUUCCAAGCGAUCAAGUUAAAUUGUUGAUUGGUGAUGAUAAUGUCACGAAAUACAUCUUAUUGAUUGGUUCGUUGAAUUUGAAAUCAAUUGGAAUCGGUUAUAAUGUUAAUGAAGAUUAUUUCUAUAAUUCUGGUGGUAAUCAAAGUCUAUUACAUGAUGAUAUAAUUAAAAUCAAUGAAAUUCUUGAACUGGAAAGAAUCUCAUUACUAGUGAAAAAUGAUUUGGUUAAUAGGUUAACUGGCUGA